AUGUCGUUUCUCUUGAAUACUGCACUCCAAAAUCGUGCGUACACAAAUCUGUAUGAAUAUCGAUAUAUAGACUUAUUAAUUGAUGUCGUUGUUUUGGCGAAAAUCAGGUUCCCGCCUUGCACAAAGCGAAUUAGAGACCGCGGUGAAUGUUAUAUAUCACAGGACGGAAUUUCAUCUUAUCCCCAUGGAUCUAUUUAUAUAUUAGGUUCAAUUGUAGUUACCAUGCAAGCACAGAAAUCGGCUCCAGCUGAUAUGCAGUGCAAGAAUAAAUUCCUGAUUCAAUGUACAGUUGUGCAAUUUGACACAACUGAAGCAGAAAUUCCUCCCAUGGAGGAUCCAAGUCAGAUGAUGCCGGGUUGUCUGAUAGCUCGUUGA